CCAUUCAAAGUGGAUUUUGACAGUUGGCUUUUAGGCCGUAAUCAUAUGUUUGUCGAGAAUUUUCUUGCAUUUUCUAGCAUAUACUUCUAGUAAAUAUUCAAUGAGUGGAUAGACCGAAUACGUCCAAUGCACAAAAUUUGCAGCAGAAGAAACGAGAGGCAGAUCAAAAAGUAUGAUAUCGGUGAUUAAAAAAAAGUUCUGCGUUUGCCUGGUCCAGACAUUUACAGACUUUUAAAACAGUAAUAAACUGACCGAUUUUCUUCAGAAAAUAAUAGAUGUGUCCCAGCAUGCAAAGAAUUACGAAUCAAAUACCGUUCAUACUUUUACCAUUUAGAUUUUUUUAAGAAAUUUAGAACUUAAUCUUUCACGGAAUCUUUUUGGUCUUUUUCGGAGUAACGAACCAAUGAUCUUUAAAUGCGCAGGUAUCCUUCUGUUGAUCAACAGCAUGCGGCAGCUGUUCAAAUCGUAAAAUUAUUUCCACAACUUAGUAAUACGCGAGUCACACCAACUGCUCCUGAUGAGUCAUUUUUCUUUUGGCGCAACGGAGGCAAGGAAAAGGGUGCUCAUACUGGCAUGAUAUUUCAUCGCAUCCGGAAUGUCAUCAAACAGCUACCUGCAGAAAAACAUAAAUAUAAUCGAGGAACUAUGCCUGUAGAAGAGUCCGUUUCAACUGAACUUGUAGAGCGGGCUCAAUUGCUCCGAGUAAUGCUUGCAUCGGCAUCAGUAGCAGAACAUAUUUGUGAUGAAAUGGACCGAUGCUUUCCAGUCCUCAAACUGUUAUUAAAAGAAAAGAAACCCGUUAAUGAUAUCUUGGAUAUGUUUCCACACCUGUGUUCAUAUGAAGGAUUGGUGAUUCGUCAAAUGUUUGAGAGAUUGUAUCCUAACAGAACAGAAGGUCUCAAAAUCGAGGAUGUCUUCUCUCAGUGUCUAUCUUAUUCACCGUCCAGAUUCUCUAGAGUAGAAGAUGAUCACAUUCGAGGAUGCUUGAGAAUAAUUUCUCAUAUGCCAAUUCGCGGACAAAAAAGAACGCUGGUAGGCUGUCCAACUGUAGGCGAAGAACAUUCGGCUUCAAUUUUAAUUCGUUGGAUUGGGGAGUGCUUAGAUACAUACGUGGCAUCCCCCGCAACUGAUUCCAAACUACACAUGGUGUGCGUAGCAAGCCCGAUGAAAAGAGGAAAUUAUGCCGUCAUUUGUGAGAAAAAAGUUAUAUUCGAGACUAACAAUUCUAUUCAUGCAGUGGAAAUUUUAUUCAAAUGCCACGCAGUUCUCGGAGUGGAGGUGCCACCUAAUUUUAGAAUGUUUUGGGACUUUCUGGCAUGUGCCAUAUAUAAUAUAAUUCCGCACAGUCAGAGGACAACUGUGAAUAGACUCGUCCAAACUUUUAUUGAAGUUUCCCGCGCACGUAUUGACAACAAAUAAAAGGACAACUUUUUUAUACAAUACUUACUAAAAACCAUAAAAUUUAAUAAACAGAAGUUUCUUUAAUUAUUAUUGUAAAAAUAUUCCAUAAGAAAAGAAAGACUGCAUUGUGUUGUAUCCAAAACAAAAUUUUGA